UAAAGAAAGGAAAAGCUUUACCUUUUGUCAGUAACAACAACAGCACUCACUCACUCACACAUUCUCACUGUGUGUAGGAAUCAGCCAUGGGAGAAGAGAAUAAUCGGAGCUCUGUGGAGAACAUGGAAGCUGGAAAUUCGCCGCCUGAGGAGGAGGAAGAAGGAGGAGAUAAUCAAGGCGAGGAAUUCGAGAAAAACGAUGAGCAGAGGCGUGUGGGGGAGGAUAAUAACAGUGAUUGUGUAGCUGGCGGAGCUUCUGCUGGAGACGGACGAGAAUCACGAGCUUCUCAGUCCGAUACCCUAACCUCCGUACAGGUGUCCGAGAGUGGUUUCCAGCCCGAUUCUAAGGAGUCCCCGGAACUUCUCUCCGAGGUUCCGGUGGAAUACUCUCUGCAACCGCUGCAGUCAGUCGAAGAAUUGAAGGAUCAAGUAAGAGAAGUCGAAAAGGAACCUUUAAAACGUAUUACUGGUCAGUCUGCCCAAGUUAAAAUACAGAUAUCUGAAACUCCAUCCAACUUGAAAUUGUUGCCGAUGUCUGUUAAACAGUCCAUUUCCCCCACAACUCUAUCAGACAAAAAAGCGCAGCCCGUAGACAAUGGUAACAGCCCAUGCCUCACAGAACAUGACAAGCUGAAGUCUCCAGGUUCGAAACCUGUAUCGGUUGUUCCUAUGCUGAAGACGCCUGAUGGGUACAACUGGCGCAAGUAUGGUCAAAAGCAAGUGAAGAGUCCAGAAGGUUCUAGGAGCUAUUACAGAUGCACAUUCUCUGACUGUUAUGCCAAGAAGAUUGAGUGUUGUGAUCGUUCUAAUCGUGUCAUAGAGACUGUUUAUAGAAGUCACCAUAAUCAUGAUCCUCCACAGAAAGGAAAUUGUGCAAGAGAAACUAGGCAUGCAUUAGCAAUUGUGCCUUUUAAUGGGAGUGAUGAUACAACUCAUCCAGUAAGAGGGGUUAACGAUCCGGUGCCAUCUACUUCUUCUAAAGAACCUCUAGAAGUAAUUGAUCAGAUACCUGAAAUUAAACAGCAGGAUUCAUGUGGUUCUGAUGAGACAAUAGAAGUUAACAUUAAGGGGGAGUACGUUGAUGGACCUGAAUAUAAGAGAAGGCAGAAGAGAAGUUCAUUGGGUGAAUUGAGCUCCAUUUCUAAAACUGGAAAGAAACCUAAGUAUGUUGUUCAUGCGGCUGGUGAUGUGGGCAUAUCAGGUGAUGGCUACAGGUGGCGUAAGUAUGGGCAGAAGAUGGUGAAGGGGAAUCCUCAUCCAAGGAACUACUACAGAUGUACGUCAGCUGGAUGUCCUGUUCGAAAACACAUAGAGAGAGCUGUGGACAACGUUAGUGCUGUAGUAAUAACGUACAAGGGAGUCCAUGAUCAUGACAUGCCUGUACCUAGAAAGCGUCACGGGCCAAAAAGUGAUCCUCCUGUUGCUUCCACGACUCCUGUUUCCGUGGAUAACUCGCAAACUACUAAAACCGAAUCUUGUCAAAGUCAAACCCAAUGGUCAGUUGACAAAGAAGGUGAACUGACUUGCGAAGCAUUGAAUCCUGGUGGGGAAAAAACAUCAGAGUCAGCAAGAACCCUUUUGAGCAUCGGUUUUGAAAUCAAGCCUUGCUGAAACCCACUAGUAUUUUUCAUAGUAGCGGAUGAUGCAACUGGAAGAGCCUGAGUAAUGUUGCGCAUAUCCUAAUAAUUCAUUUGAAAUCUUUUUCUCUUGUAUGUUUCAAUAUUUGUUGUAGUUGUAGUUUAGCUUUGAGCUAGUGUGGUAAUUUCUCUAAGCAAAACUUUGGGUGACUAAAAUAUGUUGAUUGUAGUUGUAGAAUGUGAGAUUGGCUGCAGUCUUUUCUGUAUAUUAUUGUGGAUCUAAUGAAGCAGAUAGAUAAUUCAGCUUGAUACACUUCUGUGAUU